AUGUCUCUCAAACUGUCCUUCGAUACCACGCAAGCCUAUCCGCACCCGAUCGUCGUAGAGAUCUCUACCAACGACAGUAUAGAUGGCAGCCAUGAACCCACUCACGUGUCUAUUGGACCAGCUUCCGAAUUCCAUUGCCGUGUUGUCGUUUCAGGUCAAAAAAUAGCAUUGAAAAACAUUCAAGGACCGGCAAGAGACGGUGGAUAUGUCAAGGACCAUAAGAAAACCCCGAUAAAUGCCCGGGGGCGGCUCAGCAGCUAUGCAAAAUCCUUCAAAUGUUGGCUACGAUAUAAAGGGGUGUCUUGGCAUUCGCGAGGCUCUGGCGUCUCGACGAACGGAGAAUUCGUACUCAAAGCGCACGUAGCAAGACUUGCCACCAAUUACAGUGCUGGCAGGGAUGAAGCCGUCCAGGGGUGUGUAGGGCAAAGAAGACAUUCCAAUGAUUUGACCACCGUGUGCCAGCCGAAGCUAGCAAUCGAACAGCUCGCACAUGAUGUUGGAACUCCCGAAUACAUAUCCGGUUCUGAUGCCCAACCAAGGGAUGGUAGCAGGGGUCCCAGACCCCAUGAGCCCGGGUUGUUCGUUGGCACGGUUGGACACGCACCCCCCGAAGCGAUGCAAGAGUCAUUGAGGCUGGAGAAAGUGAAGCAAUUCAGAGGGAUUACACUCAUACCGGCGACCAACCUACCUCCAUUUACGGCCACCCAGGACACUGGGGCUGACUUCAACGUCAUGGCGAAGGAACUGGCUGACUCGCUUGGUUGUAAGAUCCAGGACGAGGGCAAAGGCGCUCCGUUGGAUCUCAUCGACGGCAUGAAAGCACAUUCUUUGGGAACGGUUCAUCUGUCGUAUACGCUAAUUUGCGAUUCAACAGAAAGAGUAAUUGAAUUUUAUGUAGUGAAAAAAAUGGGGAGACAUCAGGCUAUUCUGGGUGCAGAGUCGACCAUCGACCUUGGCCAUCUUCUUCGCCACGAGUGUCAAUGCAACAGGGGUUCAUUGCUCUGA